AUGGGAAACUCACAGAAGACAAACCGAAGCGCCAUUAUCAGAAACGAGACAACGCAGAGUACCAUCCCAUCUAGAAACCGAGCUUCAUGCGCGGCAAAACCAGAGGAUUCGAUUUCCAGUCUCGCCGAGUCAGAACGCGACGCAGUGGCGGCAACUCGGGAGACACCGCAGCAAGGACACCUGAAAACGGCAGAAGCGGAAGACAGGAGAGCUACAAACGGGAGAAGCAGCCACGAUUUUCCAGCAACAACUCCGAGAGCAAUAAGGGUAAUCGACAAAGAAGGAAAGUGGACAGCAGAUCACGAUGACGUCGGACGAGAGCUCGCACCACGCAGCAGCAACGUCGACCAAAGCAGCAAUACUGCGCACCAACGAACCCUAUUAGCAAAACGAUCCGUUCACCAAGGUGGUAAUUCCCGCGAGGCGGAACGCACCUUCGGCGGUGCUGCCGUGAUGCUCGACCUCAACAAAAGGAAAGAACAAAAGGAAAGAACGGCAGGGGACCAUACAUCUAGGGCCACGAAAUCACCCACGAGAAUGACGGCAACUCGCAAGGAGCGACAGGCAAUCGGCGCGCACAUCCGUCCAUAUCACGGAAGAGGAGUACUCCAUCCGGCAAGACCGUUAAGGGAGGAUGCAAAGAGCAACACGGUAACCAAAAAAGACGCAGGACCAACACAAGAGAAAGAAAAGAAAAAAAAAGAAACAUCGGACCAAAGAGAUGAUCACGCCAAGCGGUUCAAAGCAUCCAGGAAGAGCCGAGCUCAAUACUCCGUGGAGGAGGCUGAAUUGGAACUGCAUAAACGGGUUUCCUCGCUGUUCUCCAGUUUCGGACUAGAUACCACAAAGACCCUCAAUAUGAUGAAAAGACACUCAGCACUGGUAUCCGGUUCCGCUGCUCUCGCGGUCGUCAUACCGGGUAGUAUAGAGCCCAACAACAUCGACAUAUACGUAUCAACCCACAGCAAGAACGAUAUCAUCGAAGAGCUCGCACGGGAUACAAGGUACCAAGAAGUCACCCAGGAAAUCGGUAGAGCCAAAGGAAUCGCGCACUCCAGAUACAUCCUCGCCUCGAAAGGAGUCCUAUCCAGCACCUACAUGACAAACACGCAAACAGGCCAACAAAUCAACGUAAUGGAAACCUUCUCCGGGAUCGCCGAAAGAACCGAAAGAGGACCUCUUCCACACGUGCAAGCGAUAUGGAAGAAAUACGCGGAAAGGGGGCUGGCGACAGUGUGGAGUUUGAAAGACAAAGAGGUAUCCAACAGAUGGAAAGCAGCACGCCGACACACGUGCAAAGAAUGGUCGUACUGUCCGCACACGAAUCGCACCACCAUGGACGAGGGAGUGAUAUACUUGAACUUUCCAGAGUGGAAGGGACAAGGAGUCGACCUACCUUUCAUCGAGUGGAACCUAGCAUCCAGCAAGAGAUGCGACGGACGGGAAUGCAUAAUACUGGGCGUCGUCCGAAGCAAGCACGGCCAGUCGAUCCUGUUCACCUAG